AAUAUGAUGGGUAGCGAUAAAUCUUCACCGAUGGGAUCUGAGAAGUAUCUCCUUGGAAAUAAAUCCUUUCUGAUGAAUGAAUCAGGCGGGAAUGAACUCUUUGAUUUACUAGAAAGAAUGGGAAAAAAAUAAAAUAAAAGAUAAAAAGUCUCCAAAAACUUCGUGACUAUCAUGUGGGACGUUACAUUUGAGAAAGAUGACGUCAACGCCACUCUGGACGAUAACAAAAAUAACAAUACCAUAUCAAGCCUUGAUUUCUUCAAAAGUGUUAACUCUAAUUUUAGUGUUGUGCCUAACAUUUCUGGUGAUGCCUUAUCUGUCGCUGAAGAUAACGGCACAUUCAACUAUGUAGAAGAUAUUAAUGUUUCCGUGCUUCAAGCUAUUGGAACUGCCGUAGCCCUUGGCGUGAUUAUGAUAGGAACAGUGCUAGGAAAUAUCCUAGUUAUACUCUCGGUCUUCACGUACAAACCUUUGCGAAACGUACAAAACAUAUUCUUGGUUUCACUGGCAGCGGCAGAUAUAGCCGUAGCUAUAUUCGUGAUGCCUUUUAAUGUAGCUUAUUCGAUUUUAGGAAAGUGGAUCUUCGGAUUACAUAUUUGUGAGCUGUGGUUAACUUGCGAUGUCCUGUGUUGCACGGCAUCCAUUCUCAACCUCUGCGCAAUAGCCCUCGAUCGCUACUGGGCUAUUCAUGACCCCAUUAACUACGCGCAAAAGAGGACACUGAAUAGAGUCUUGUGUAUGAUUUUUAGCGUGUGGGUCAUAAGCACACUGAUAUCUGUACCUCCUUUGAUUGGCUGGAACGACUGGCCUGAAACCUUCACUUCGGAUACACCAUGCCAGUUGACCGAAGAGAGGGGAUACGUCAUUUACUCCGCCAGUGGAUCAUUCUUCAUACCUUUGGUCAUCAUGACGGUCGUUUACAUUAAGAUAUUUCAAACCGCGAGGAACAGGAUACGGGUUAAAGCAAAAGCUGCUGCGAAUAUUCUAAAAAAAGACGGAAAUACGACAUCAUCUUCGGCAAAAUCAUUAACGCUUCCUGUCAAGACCGUCUCCUCUGAUGUGUCUAGCCGUGAAACUAAAACAGAUGCCUCCAGUCUAAAUUGCAAUUCAUCCUCCAUAGAACUAGAAGAAAAAUCAUCAACACCCCAAGAACCAGUUACUAAGGAUACUCAAGAAUCAGAUUUUAAUCACCAAGGUAAUGGGAAAACUGAAAAUGCUAACAAUAAAGUCACCACCGAAGUUGUUGUAACAGUCAGAAGUUACAUGGAACAGAAGGAACGUAUAUGCUUGCAAAAGGAAAGAAGAGCAGCUCAGAUAUUGGGUAUCGUUAUGGGCGUCUUCGUACUGUGCUGGUUACCUUUCUUUACUAUGUACGUAAUAUUACCGUUUUGUGAAAGCUGUUACAUCUCGAAUGAUAUGGUAAAUUUCAUCACCUGGCUUGGUUACAUGAAUUCAGCUCUUAAUCCUGUUAUAUACACAGUUUUCAAUACUGACUUCAGAAAAUCAUUCCAACGUUUACUUUGUGGAAAGAUUCGAUGAAAUGAAAUACGAAUGAAUCAUGAAGUCGCUCUUAAUAUGAUGUUAUGCAUAACUGCUAUAGAACUUCGAACAUUCUACAUCUUUCAAGUUGAAAUUUAACGUCAAGAAAGUGUGUAAAUCUGAAAUAUCGUUUAGUUAAAUGAGAUAUGAAAUUCAUAUCAUAUCCUAUAACAUUCCUGAUGCAUUUAAAUAUUCAGAUAUUGUAAAAUAUUAGAAGUGUGUUUUGGAUGACAUAAUUACGUGUGUAAACUACAAAACAUAAAAAGUGUGUAGCUGAGUAUUUAGCAUUAUUUAGUACUUUUGUUGAUCUCUGUGAUACGUUGUUAAAAUAUCUCAUAGAAUUAUUUCAAGCCGUUAAAAGUUUUCAUGUGUAAAUUGUAUUCAUUUAUAAUAUAAACGUUUCAUCUCUUUAAAUGUUAGUGAGAUUCUGAUUGAAAAGAGAGAGCUGCAAGCAGAAACACAUAAAUGUGCUUAAUGAUGUGAGCUCAAAUGUUACGUUUUCGUGAAUAUGUGGAGAAAUUAAUGCUAGUUACUUUAGUCUAUGUAUUAAAAGUAUGUGUAUGGUAAUAAUGAAAUCAUUUGUAAGUUGUAUUCUUUUAAAACGUAGUUGAUAGGUACACAAGAAUUUAAAUGCUCAAAUAUUUAUUAGUAAUUCAGAAAAAUGGAACUCUUCAUUGUCGUGUACAAAUGAAGUUACUUGAAUAAUACAUGCCUGUCUUUAUACAACUUGCAGAAACAUUUACUUAUCUUUAUAUAAGUACAGUGUAAUGUAUCUUAAAGUAAUAAUACAUGAUGAAAAUAACCGUAAUGUUAUAUUUUAGUUUUUGUUUAUGUUCUUAGUAUUCAUAUCCUCAUAAAUAUCUGUAGAGAAAAUUUGUGGUGAAUACUCUCUGUGUACUGUUACUUAAACUAAUAAUGAGGAAAUUAAAAAUAAAGAUUAUUUCGU